UUUUCUGGUGCCAGAGGGAGCAGAGGGAGGGGUAAGUGCUGAGAGUGUUGUUGUCUGUCGCUGCUGGGGACAGACAGAGCUGGCCAAGGUCGGUGAAAGUACUGCUGAGACCAACAUAACAUCCUAAAAAGUACUACCCCAAGAGACAUACAGAGACAAAGAGAAAGCGGAUGAUAUAGACAGCAAGCCGGCGUCCUCCACCAGAGAAGGUUUGCUGGAAUGGGUAACCUGCUAAAAGUCCUAACAAGGGAUAUAGAGAACUAUCCACACUUUUUCCUGGACUUUGAAAAAACCAAAUGGGGAAUCUGUUAAAAGUGCUCACUUGCACAGAGCUUGAACAGGGGCCAAACUUUUUCCUUGAUUUUGAAAAUGCCCAGCCGACAGAAGGAGAGCGUGAGGUGUGGAACCAGGUGAACUCAGUCCUCCAGGACUCUGAGAACAUCCUGACUGGCCUGCAGGCGUACAAAGGAGCAGGCCAGGAGAUCAGAGAUGCCAUUCAAAACCCCAGUGACUUCACGCUGCAGGAGCGAGCCUGGAACUCGGUCUGCCCGCUGGUCAUCAAACUCAAGAAGUUCUACAGUUUCUCUCUCAGACUAGAGGAGGCUCUGCAGAACUUGUUGGAGUGCCUGACCUGUGCGCCCUUCACGCCCACUCAGCACCUGGAGAGAGAGCAGGCGCUGGCCAAACAGUUUGCUGAGAUCCUCCACUUCACUCUGCGCUUCGAUGAGCUCAAGAUGAGAAUUCCUGCAAUCCAGAAUGACUUCAGCUACUACAGAAGAACCAUCAGUCGGAACCGGAUAAACAACAUGAAUUUGGACAUUGAGAGGGAAGUCAACAACGAGAUGGCCAACAGGAUGUCUCUGUUCUACGCCGAAGCCACACCCAUGCUGAAGACACUCAGCAACGCAACCACAAACUUUGUGACAGAGAACAAGACUCUUCCGCUGGAGAACACGACAGACUGUCUGAGCACCAUGGCCAGCGUCUGUAAAGUCAUGCUGGAGACACCGGAAUAUUCGAGUCGUUUCAGCAGCGAGGACACGCUCUUGUUUUGCAUGAGGGUCAUGGUCGGAGUCAUCAUUCUUUAUGACCACGUCCACCCCAACGGCGCCUUCAACAAGUCCUCCAAGAUAGACAUGAAAGGCUGCAUAAAGGUUCUCAAGGACCAGCCGGCAGACAACGUGGAAGGCCUCCUGAAUGCCCUCAAAUUUACCACAAAACACCUGAACGACGAGUCCACUCCGAAGAACAUCCGGACGAUGCUCCAGUAAUGUUUGUUCUGUUUUUUUUAUAUAUAUAUAUAUAUAUAAGAGGAUCAAUGCUCUGACCUCAAAUAAGAUGUAUAUGUUUACAUUAUUUAAAAAGACUCAAUGUUAAUACUUGUGUGUUAUGGCAUAGUCAUUCCCUCCAAGCUAUUGCAGAACAUGUACCUUCUACUUUGCAAAAAAAAAAACAAUACGAAAGCAUCACUUGAAUUGCCUCUACUGUUAACAGCUGUCAAAGCGCCAGUGAUGCUACCUUUCAGCCUUAUAGAACUGGGCGUUGCUAGCAGCACUCUGAAAAAUUCUCCUUCGACCAAUCUUCUCAAUCCUUUAUUCGACAAUGGAAUGAGUUUAGUGUACAGCGUUUUUUUCACCUUGGUUUUCUGAAGCAAAAUAAAUCUUUUUUUUUUUUUUUGAAAGUGAACAUUUUAAAUUGCUUCUCAUUUCUAUCACGAUGACAGUUUGUGUCAACAUGUAUUAAAACAAGUGAAGUUGUUUCUGUCUUUUGAGCUCCAGAAGAAUGAGACGUAAUGACCGAAAUCAGUUCGUGUUCACAUGGACGCGCGCGUGUGUGUGUGUUGCCGUGAAUGGCUGAAUAUUAAAGCAGAUAAGGGAUCGAUUGGUUUGAUGUACGUGUCACUGAAAAGCGUUUGAGUGUUUUCAGUUUUUGUAGUCAGCUGUUGUAUUUGUCUUUUUCCAGUUCUUUUUAUUUUUUUUGUUCAAACUCCAAUCUUGUGCAACUGUUGAAAUAAAUCCACUGUGAACACAAAACUCACUCUGCACAUCCAGUAAGAUCCAGUAUGUCGAGGUGUGCUUCCGUGUCGAGGUUUGAAAAAGGGGCUGCGAUGAUAUCAAAUCAACCAACCAAAUGUUGUAUUUAAUUGUUAUGUGGCAAAUGCUCCGAGUGAUGUUCCGCCAUGUUUUAAGUGACUUACUUUGUGGCUUUUUGUAUUAAACAGAAAAAAAAUGCAUUUCUCUAAAAGAGAGACCAAAAAAAAAAAAAACUUCCAUUCUGAAUAAAUGACUUGUGCUUCUUAACUGAAAAAAAAAAAAGCUUUUGUUUUAUCUCUUCCCUGAUUGGUUAAAGCAGUGUUACUCAUUGCGAAGCUCGCCAAUCUUUAAUUUGUGGCUCGCAUGGCAGAAUGAUCAUGCAGUCAAUACAGAUUUCAUAAAAAACAUUCAAAACAAGCAGGGCUACGACAUAUCCCUAAGUCUGCUCUAUUACAAAUAAGUUAUUAAAAAAAAAAAUACCCAAAACAGUGGCAUUACAAGAUGGAAAUAUAGUCUAAAAAAGAUAUUUAAUCUUGCUCUGCCCUUCCGUCCCUUGCCAGUUUGAGAGGACUUUCCAGCUCUUUACACCGAAUGUGCUCUUGGAUGGUUGAUACAUGAUGGGCUAAUGUAGAAACAAAUGGCAUAUUGUAUGUUUAGGGAUGACAGAUUGAUAAGCAGACAUGCUAUUUCUGACUGGAUGUACAGUAACUUUUGAUACUUUGCUGUAUAAGUGGCUCUCCUGUUGACUUUGUCCUAUCAGUGUGGCUCUCAUGAAA